GUACCAAGUACGGAGCCUCCGGUCGGUACCAUGUGAAAGUGAAAAAGUUUCAUUUCGUCUCGAGAACAUCAAUCUUGAGAGUCCAUCCGAGCCUCGAACUCGCAAGGCGCCGAUGCCGAUAGUGUGUCGUCUUUCCCCGGCCACAUUCCGGUCCGGCCAGUCUUGGAAGUGCCCAUCCGCACGGUACCGUAUCGCCACUACCACCUCAUUCUCCGUCCAUGUACUUGCUACGCAGACACAUGACCACCCUCACCACACCCCAUUGUCCUCUUUCCCAUCCAAUUCCCCGGUCCAUACCCCAGAGUGCAAUCUCAUCGGUCGUUCCCAACAACUGCAAAUCUAGCAGCAAUCCUUGUCUCACAUCCCGCCGUUACUACACGUGUAGUCUAUGUCGGCCUCAGCUCAUGGCUGCUUCGGGGCUCAUGGUAUUGGCACUGUGCAGCAUUGUUUCGUUUCAAUCCACCUUCCCCCGUGCUCCGUCGGUAACUCCCUCCGGUCUAUCACUAUCCUAUGAUAUCCCCCCGAUGGUCUUCGGACGUCCUCCCGGUCCGGAAUUUUCUUGGGCCCGGGGCACUAUUGGACACGGGACGUACGGGCUAGAGAGCAAGGUGUUAGGCUUGAAUAUGUGCUGGCCUUUCAUGGCCAAAGAGGCGAACAAACAGCCACGACUCUCGAAGCUAGUCUGACUAGACUGGAGAACACCCUUGAUCAACUGUUGGCUUCCAUGGAGGAGGAGGAGGUUGUCGAGGGUCAGGGCCAAGACAGCCAAGGCAACGCCAACGGCAAGGGUCAACAAGAUCAGAGCAAGGGCAAGGAUGAGAAGUAAAAGGCAAAAAAAGUCUCCGAACACACAAGGGUGUGGACGUGUAUGUGAAGGGGAGGUGCUUCGUUCCGUUG